AGAAGGGAGACUUAAGAGUCAUCCAUGUUCUCACUUUCCAAUUGAGAAUUGGGCAACGGUUAAUGGCAAUCGCAGCGGCGAUGAGCAGAGACGAAGCUGAGAAAGAUGCGCAUGAGAACGACCUCGUCAUGCCCGGUUUUCGGUUCCACCCUACUGAAGAAGAACUCAUAGAAUUCUAUCUCCGUCGCAAAAUCGAAGGCAAGCGCUUCAACGUCGAACUCAUAACCUUCCUCGACCUCUAUCGCUAUGACCCCUGGGAGCUUCCUGCACUGGCAGCCAUAGGGGAGAAGGAGUGGUUCUUUUAUGUGCCCAGAGACCGGAAGUACCGCAACGGCGACCGGCCAAACCGGGUGACCACGUCAGGAUACUGGAAGGCUACCGGAGCCGACCGGAUGAUCCGAAGCGAGAAUUCGAGACCUAUUGGGCUAAAGAAAACUCUUGUUUUUUAUUCAGGAAAGGCGCCGAGGGGCAUCCGCUCAAGCUGGAUCAUGAACGAGUACAGGCUGCCGCAGCCUGAAACUGAUCGAAACCAUAAGACGGAAAUCUCGCUGUGCAGAGUAUACAAAAGACCCGGCCUAGAAGACUACCGGCGUUCUCCCAACAAAACCUCUUGCAAGGCUUCAUCAUCCAGUACGCCAGACAAGAAUCGAAGCCAAUAUAAUCCUCACCCUGCAAGCUAUCUACAAUCGGCAGCUGGAGAACCUUCACCUUCUUCAGAGCUCGGCGACGGUAAAUGCGCGGAAGAUGCCAUGUACGCUUCUUCAACCAUCAUUCCCAUAGUUUCUCUGAGCUCAACUCCAAUGGAAGAAGAAGAUUCAUCACAAUAUCACUUACAACCACCCAUACAUUGUUCGUCAGCUAUGGUGGCCUCAGCGUCCACGUCUGUCCAUGAGCUAAACAGGAUUGUCGGCUACAUGAAUCAGCCACAGCUGUUUCCUCUCAAUCAGCCGCCUCCUCUAUUAUCCAGUAAGCUUUGGGACUGGAAUGAUCCUUUUGGUGAUGCUGCUAGAGACUACAGUGCCAAUUUUAAGUAAAGCU